AGUUGCCUUCUGCUAACGAAAAAAUUUCGACAUUGUUUUACUUGAGUUUUUACUCAAAUUUAACUUAGCAACCUAUACAUUCAUAUAAAUCAUCGAUUUCGAUUUUGUUUUCGAACGCAACUUUAUUUUCAACUGGAGAUAUGGAAGGAAUGCUGCCUCAUUCAAGCCUUAUGGCUUUACAAGAUUUAUUAAGUCCCGCUGACGACAUAGAUCAAGACAGUGAAGAUGAAAAACCCCAAACGGCAGCUUCAUCGAUGACACCGGCAAGUAUAGGCAACUCAAAGAAGAUUGCAGGAAAAGCGGUUGAGAGAAAUAAUACUACAAAAGAUUCAAAUAAUAAAGAUAUUUGGGAUGAGGAAGAGAUACAACCUGGCGCAGAAAAUAUAGACUACGACGACCCACGACCAGAACCCGAAUACGAAAUUAUUUAUAAACAAGCUGUAACAACGGAGGAUGUUUACUUACAAAUGAGCAAUAAAUCUCAAGCCACUGCCAGUUGCGAUCAAAUUGUUGUUAGAAUUAAAUUACCAGACUCAAAGAUUUCCGAAAUAGAUUUAGACGUGAAAAAGUCUUUUAUUGAUUGCAGAUGUCCAAAUUAUAAACUAGGCUUACAUCUACCUCAACCAGUUGAUCAUAAAUCUGGAAAGGCUGAAUGGAAUGGAAAAACAUCAACAUUAUCAAUAACGUUAAAAAUGAUUCGAGAAUAUGAUUUUAUGAAUUUAUAGACAAUAAAUAAUUAAAAAACUUUGUUUUAUUUCAUAAAAACUAAGAAAAAAAGAAU